UGCAGCUGUGGACAUUGUAUUACAGAUGCCUUUAGCAAAGGAAUGUGUCUGUUGCAAAGAAACAAAGGUCCUCUUACAUCUUAUGAAAAAUGAUGGUGUCCAGUGUAUAACAGACCACCCAGGAUUUGAACCAGUGUGCUUGAAUACAUAUGUACUGGACACAGCAUACAACCAAUAUAAGCAUCAGUACAAUCAUCAAAUUCAAAAUCUUCCAGCGCGAUACAGGUACACUGCUUACAGACAGCUCGUGAGAUGGGCCUGGGGAUACCUCGAGAAGCAUGUGAGAGUGGUUUUGCCAUCAUGUGCUCUCAAGAAAAUCAGAGGCAGAUUCCCGUCUCCACAAGAGGACUAUGUUGGUUUUAAGGAAGCAGAGUUAGAUUAA